AUGCUGACUCCCAUGGCCCUGCCCAGAAUGUCCUGGAUGCUGCUUUCCUGCCUCAUGCUCCUGUCUCAGGUGCAAGGUGAAGACACUCAGGAGGAACAGGCCUCUCCACACAUCAGGUGUCCCAAAGGCUCCAAGGCCUAUGCCUCCUACUGCUAUGCCUUGUUUACCACACCAAAAUCCUGGAUAGAUGCAGAUUUGGCCUGCCAGAAGCGGUCUGAAGGACACCUUGUGUCUGUGCUCAGUGGGGCUGAAGCCUCCUUUGUGUCUUCCUUGGUCAAGAGCAGUGUGAACAGCUACUCAUAUGUCUGGAUUGGGCUCCAUGAUCCCACGCUUGGACAAGAACCCAAUGGUGCUGGAUGGGAGUGGAGUAGCACUGAUGUGCUGAAUUACGCAAACUGGGAGAGGAAUCCUUCCACUGCUUCAGACCGUGGUUAUUGUGGGGGCGUGUCACGAAACUCAGGAUUUCUGAGGUGGAGAGACUACAGCUGUGAUAGAGUGUUACCCUAUGUCUGCAAGUUCAAGGGCUAAGGCAGGUGGAAAUCAGCAGCCUGUGUUUCUCAUGAUGCUCACUAUGCACAAGGGACCAAGUACAAAGGCCUACCCUAAAAAGACAUAUUCACCCAACAUUCCCAAUGCUGACCAGUUUGUCCUGAUCUUUCUUCCUCUUGCCUCAUUCUAACCCUCAUAUCAGGCUCUUCUAUGUAUUUCAUGAACAGAGACCUCAGAAUGAAGUAAUAAAAAUUUUAACUUA